CUUAGGUCUCUGUAGACCGUCGUGCAAACAUGUCUGGCCGCGGCAAAGGAGGCAAAGGGCUGGGGAAAGGGGGUGCCAAGCGGCACAGGAAGGUGCUGCGGGAUAACAUCCAGGGCAUCACUAAGCCUGCUAUCCGCCGUCUGGCUCGACGAGGGGGCGUGAAGCGUAUCUCGGGGCUGAUCUACGAGGAGACCCGGGGGGUGCUGAAGGUGUUUCUGGAGAACGUGAUCCGUGACGCCGUCACUUACACGGAGCACGCCAAGAGGAAGACCGUCACUGCUAUGGACGUGGUCUACGCUCUCAAGCGCCAGGGCCGCACUCUGUACGGCUUUGGUGGCUAAGCGCGCCUUUCUUUGCGCCUGCUCCCCAAAGGCCCUUUUCAGGGCCGCCUACAUUCACACUUAAAAGGAACUGUGCUUUGAUUCUUUCUUUUUAUCUUUACUCUGCUGUUCGGGAUCUCUAGGUAGGUUGUGAAGAAUUUUUAAGUACUGUAUUUGCAAACCCUAGCCCUCAUUUAUGAACUAGGAGAAAGCAAGACUGGACAUAGGGAACAGGCCGUGUGUGCUGCUCUGCAACAGCAAAGUCUCAACACCAAUUUUACCUAUCAGUAUAGACUGAUCCUACGACCAACGGGCGGGAAAAGGUGUGCCUAAAGACUUUCCUGGGGCUAUUUGUAUCUGAUGACUGGCGCUCUACCCUCUAUUCUCACCAGUUUUUCAUUCAGGACUCAAUCCUCUUUGGGUAAAUUAGCAUUCCUCCUCCCAGUAAAGUAGGCUCUAGGAAUACACAAGAAAAAAAGUUAUGUUCUAUCGUCUUCUUCGUCAUUGAUAACAAAUAGAGUUAAUUUUCCCUCCAGGAUAACUCCAAAGUGGGUAGGUGCUAUUAUCCACAUCUCAGCCCGAAAAUAAGUGAUUUGCUCAGGAUGACACAGCUAGUAAGUGUGCCAGGUUGGGACUUCAAUGCUAGUGCUAUAGCCCCUACCUCCUCAUGACCCCGGGUUGGGAAUCGAAACCUUAACUCUCAUUCUGACUGCUAAUUUACCAUCUGAUCUUGGGCGACUCACCUUAAUUCUCAAGCCCUCGGUUUUUUUUCUCAGUAACCUAAGUCACUUAUUUAGUUCAACAAACGAGAGGCUAGUUCCCUCUCAGUGGUGGACCUUACUCAGGUUCGUUCUAUAAAUCAGGGCGUGGCAGUUUCUGGAAUUCACUUAACAGAUUGGCCUCUGAAGUCCUAUCCAACCCAGGAACCCUUAUGAUCAGUCUCUCUGUCUUGUACAGACAGUCCUAUCUUGUGUAUUUCCAUCAUCUUAUUGUUUUCUCUAAUUGCUUUGCUGGCUCUCUGACUGAAAAGCUAGCAGCUCCCUCAACACAAAUGGGGGAUAUUAGAAGAGGAAGGGCAGGUUUAUGGCAGAAAAAAUUAACUACCUUCAACUCCAGAUGCCUGAGAAAUGUAUAUCGAGGUGGAGAAGUACAGCAAAUGGUGUGAGACUCCGCGGGAGAGUUUGGAGCUUUGUAAACUCUAAUUUCUGCUGUAACUACACUGCUCACAUUGGACUGGUGCCUCCCUCUUCUCACUACCAACACUCUAGUGCUGACUCAUCACCUGCCAGGACAAUUAUCCCCUUGUAGAACCACUCUUCCUCUUUUGCUGCAGUGCUCACCACCUCCACUUCCUCCAUUCCAUUCUUUGAAAUAUCCCUAGUCAUGCAGACACCAGAACUUUACUUGCUGGUGGGCAAUAGGAAUCCACUGUUUUGUUUUUAAACAAACUGCUUGGCACUCAGGGGAAUGUGGCACUCUCCACCCUUCCCAACCUGAUUUCAUACUGUCUUACAAGUAUUUCAUAUUCCAUUUUUAUACUCAAUUCUUUAUCUCCAGAAUCAAAUAUAAAAGUCUAGCCCCACUCUCCCCACCUUUCUAGUCUUAUUGCAUUUUACACCUCCCCCCUCAAUGUACUCUUCAAUCCACUGACAUUGCCUUCCUUGCUCCAACCAAACACUUCAUCUCCCAUUUUCACUGGCUAUCGUUUAUGUAUGGUAUGAUUUCUCUCCUUAUUUCUGCCUCCAGAUUUUAUGUCUCAGCUAAAAUCUCACCUUCUACAAGGUAGAGGUCUUAAUACAGUGCAAAUGGGAGAGGGGGUCCCCACACUUCCCUCACCCUCCCUCUCCAAAACCUCACACUGAAGCCUAUUCACAUGAUAACAAGCCCAUUGACUUCUUGUGGAAAAGAAGUCCCCAAUUUUUCCUACUUCACUGGAGAAGCAGGGAUGGGGAAGAUUUUGAGUCAGGCAAAACUCCACAAGAAUCUAGUACUGGGUUGUUAUUGGAGAAUCUCUGUCCCUCUUCCCUCUCCCUGCCCCUUAACCCCACAGCUUCAGGUUGAAACAUGAGUAAAGGAAUGGCAGAAAGUCCCUAGCAUCAGCAACAAGGAACCCAUUCCCUCCGAAGACUUGGAAGCUGCUCCUCAGUUCCACUAUUAUCCCACCCAGCCAUCAAGCCCUGGAAAAGAAGUCGGGUUAGGGUUCAGGAAAAAUAAUUACUGACCAAAAGACUGGCAGUGCUUUUGCCCAAAAUACCUUUCAAAUAUGGCAUCCAAAAACACUUCUAACAAAGUGAAGAAGUUUGCUUGGCUGACUUCCAGGUAAAACUGUCAUGAUGCAUGCUGGCUACACUUUCCUGAUUCUUUCCUGCUUUCCUCAGACACCUCACAAUAUUGCCCUCUUCUUUUAUCCAAAUCCUUUGUUAUGGUCAAGGACCAGCUCCAGUCAGUGGUAUCAAACUCAAAUAGAAAUGGGGACCACAAAUCCAUCCAUAAAUAUCUCUGCAGACUGCAUAUUGACUUAGUUUUAAAAUUCUAAUUUUUUAUGUUUGCUGUAUUUUAAAUUUAUUUUUGUUAUAUUUUUACAAUUACCUUUUAUUAUGGUCGGAGCUGCACUCAGGAAUGUUGGGGCCCAGUUGGAGCCAGUGGUCCACAUUUUAACACCUCUGUUUUGGAUUGCUCCAGCCUGUAUUCUGUUCUUCCUUCUCUAAACACUUGAAGCACUUGUCCUCAGUGGUAUACAACUCAGAACUCAAUGGUUCAAUGGGUUACUUCUUUUGACUUCCCAAUUAGAUUUUUUAAGUUCCUUGACAAUAAAGAAUGUGUCAUAUCCCACAUUUAUAACACACCAUUUGGCACAGAUUGUUUUGUACUGCUUCAUAGGUGGGAGAAUAUGACUAGAAAAGGGAGUAGAAAAUAGAAGACAAAGGGAGCUCCAGAUUUUCCUAGUGCCUUCCAUAUACAGAAAGAACAAGAAGAAAGACUUUAGGACCCUGGGAAGAUCCUGGAUGUAGGAUUUAUGGGAAAACAAUGACUUGAGUCACACAGGUUGAAAAAUAAUGUAUUUGUGUGUAUGCUUAGCUGUAUAUUGAGGAGAGAAAGGCUAAGAUCUGUAUUUGGCAAAUGUCACUCAAAGUAACAAAGCAAAUGUGAGUUUUCUCUUGGAACAGAAUUGCAUAAUCUGUGAUAUGUAUGAAAAUAAUGGGCUUUGCCAAUGCCCAAAGGCCCCAGCUGGGACUGAUUUGAACUGAUUGGACUGAGAAUUGACUGACUUGGCUGAUUAACACUUGAAGUUGACUUGAUUGAAACCACACCCGCCUCUGAAGAGGGUGUGUUCUCAGAGACUGUGGACUUUGACCUCAAUAUGGGACCACCCUCAAGUCUAGUGAAUCAAUGGACUUGAAUGCUACCAGCCAAUUAACUUGGAGUGGUGUGUAGGCACCACCUCUCUUACUGACUGAAGGUAACUUCCACUCUGACAGGCACAGGAACUUUCUUCUUUUGGCCUGAGACUCAUAGGUGAAGGCAGCUCUGUUUCUCUUCUCUCUCUUGUAGAUCCUAGCUAGGCUUUCCUAUCUUUCUGAUGCAGGUGUUCUCUUUUUACUAAU